AUGUCGACGCGGAGUCGGCUCUUGGGCGUUGAGCCGUACGCUGACGCACCUUUGCGAGUGCGAGAUGAGCCAUCGUCAGACCAAGACAGCGGCGGCGACGACGGCGACGACGGAGCCUGCGCCCGGGAAGCACUCAAAUCGAGACCGCGUGGCAGAACCUCCGCUUGCGGAAGCCCCGAACAUGACCCUCCUGAACCCGAUCGGCUCGGAAAUACGCGCUGGUGCUCGUGCGGACAGUGCGUGCCGAUGCCCACCGCUCGCGAGAGCAUAUGUUGCCGCGAGAUCCACGCGACGAUUCAGAGGCAGCCGUCUGGGUGCAUUACAGUGCACCCGUAUUUUCACACGCUAUGCCUUGACGAGGUUGUGCUCACUGUAGUCCUUCAAAUGCUUGAGGACCAUGGGCUGCUCGCCGAGGAAACAAGGAAGUACCGCUACAUCGGCUACAGGCAACUUGCACACUGGCUUUGGGGACGCCUCGGCAGAUAUCACCGGAAGGUCCUCCCUGCUUGUGCUGUACACCAAAUAAGAGAGAGAUUUCCAUCUGACGGUUACACUGGUUUCCAGUAUGCGCAAAAUUUAUGA